AGAAUGGAUGAAUAAGAAAGCUUAAAGAAAUUUUCUCUCCGUUGUAAAAGAGAGCGACUCGCAGAAGACCUUACACAGCAACAGCAAAAUCCCAUCCAAUAAUGGCGUCGAUUGCAGCAGCUUCUACUUCCAUGGCUUCUACUGCCGUUUUUACUACUCAUUUAUCACUUUGCUCCACCGCUAAAGCCGCCUCAUUUUGCUGCUCUGCCCUACCUUAUCUUCCACCCCGUGUUUCUGCUUCAGCCAUUUCUACUUCCUUCAAAUUCUCAGAAUCCAAAAGGUCUUCGCUCCUCCAGGUUAAAGCAUCUUCAUCUGAAGAAACUUCUGUUGAUACUAGUGAAUUCAUAACAGAGCUAAAAGAAAAGUGGGAUGCUGUUGAAGACAAGACGACAGUGCUACUUUACGGUAGUGGGGCAAUUGUUGCAGUUUGGAUAUCUUCAAUUCUUGUUGGUGCCAUCAACUCAGUUCCUCUACUACCGAAAGUCUUGGAGUUGGUAGGACUUGGAUAUACUGGAUGGUUUGUCUACCGCUACCUUCUCUUCAAGUCAAGUAGAAAAGAAUUGGCGGAAGACAUUGAGGAAUUGAAGAAGAAGGUUGCAGGAAGUGAAUAAAUGCAUAUAGUUUGACGUCAAAUUCACGGUGAACGAAUUCCAGCACCAAUGCAAAUGAACUGUAAGUUUCUUGUACAAGAGGCAAAUGUUCAUGUGAAGUAAGAGUAGGUUUUGAUGUAUUUUUAUUUAUCUUAGCAAAUCUUCAAAAGAAAAUUCUAUGUUUCACUUUCAUUUGAUAGUGUUAUAAAUCAUAGUCUGUUUCUGCAUCUUGUUA